GAGGAGCUUCUGGGCGACUAGAAAUGUCAAUCAGAGCAAAAGGCGUCCCAAUAAUCUAAAGCAAUCUGUAAGGACCUGACCUUAGUCCAUUCAGAUCAAUAGGGAAGCGAGGGAGGGAAGCGGCCGGCGGAUCGUUUACGCGCGGCCCGUUUUCGGAGGAAAUAUAGACUUCCCUUACACUUUUGUACUCACUGUACACUGGAUAUCGCAGCGCGCAUCGAGAAAGCGAUUUUUGUGUGCGCGCGUGUGUGUGUGCGCGCGUGUGUGUGUGUGUUCGUGUACGUGUUUGCGAUUUCAGCAGACUGUUGUUGGGUGUUUUUUUUCCCCUUCGUUCCCCAACUACAAUGUCUUUCCCACAGUUGGGAUACCAGUACAUCCGACCGAUAUACCCGCAAGAACGGCAAGGGAUCGGUAGCGCGCGCAGCGGGAGCGAGCUCAGUCCGUCCGGCACGCUCUCCAACGUUCUCUCCACCAUGUACGGAUCACCUUUCACCGCCGCACACACCUACGGAGCGUUCCUUCCUUAUUCAAACGACCUGUCCAUUUUCAGUCAGUUGGGAGCUCAGUAUGAGCUAAAAGACAGUCCAGGUGUCCAGCACCCAGCGUUUGCUCAUCCUCAUCCUGCCUUCUAUCCCUACGGCCAGUACCAGUUCGGGGAUCCGUCCAGACCCAAAAAUGCCACCAGGGAGAGCACAAGCACGCUGAAGGCCUGGCUCAGCGAGCACCGCAAGAACCCGUAUCCCACCAAGGGCGAGAAGAUCAUGCUGGCUAUCAUCACCAAGAUGACUCUCACCCAGGUGUCCACUUGGUUCGCUAACGCCCGGAGGAGACUGAAGAAGGAGAACAAGAUGACCUGGACCCCGCGCAACCGCACGGACGAAGAAGGCAACGUGUACGGCAGCGACCACGAAGGCGAGGAUGGCGACAAGCGUGAGGACGAGGAGGAGAUCGACUUGGAGAACAUCGACACGGAACACAUCGAGAGUAAGGACGAGCUGGACGAGCAGGAUGAGCUCCACUCGGACUCCAAGCUGGACGCCAGCUGCGACUCGGAAGUCUCGGACGGCUAUGAGGAUUUACACGGGCCCGAGCCGAAGCUUUUAAAAGCCGUGGCCCAAGAGGGCAAAGACGCGCACGCGGUUGCAGACGCUGAGAGGCCCGAUCACUUCCACCACCACCAUCACCACCUCCAUCACCACCAUCACCAUCACCUUCCUCAUUCAUUAGACCUCAAAACACAGCCUCCCAGCAACGAGCAGAUCAAACUCAACCCAGUGUCCAACUCUCCUCCGGCUGAAAACAACGCAGCCCCGGUGCAAAAACCUAAGAUCUGGUCUUUGGCUGAGACAGCCACGAGCCCGGACAAUCCCCGGAAAUCUCCACUCGUGAACGGGAGCUCAUCUCAGGCCGUCAUGCCUCCUCAUAGACUUGUUUCAUGCCCGGUGGGCAAACUGCAGAACUGGACGAGCCGUGCGUUCUCGGCGCACCAGCUCGCGCUGCUCAACUCAAACCACUAUUUAGGACUGGCCAAUCAGGCUUCAGCCAACGGCCUCGCGCUUUACACCGGCAACAGGCACACGGAAGAGCGCAAUGUCAGCUCAGAGACUGCACACACAGGUACAUCACAUCCCCCUCACUGAGCCUGUGCCCACAUUUGAAUACUCCUCGUGAACACGUUCCUCACGAACACUGUUUUCGUUUUCCUACCCAGUGCAUAUAUAUAUAAAUAUAUAUAUAAAUAUUUUUUUCUUGUUGUUGUUCUACAAAAACUCAGUGCUUUCAAAGAUUUAAAAGGUUAAACACUUGUAUACGGAAGGAGCAUGCGCAUUUACGAGAGGGGAAGAAAAGCAUCAGAAACUCUAGGUUUUGUCAAGGCUGUUUUUCAAUAGAUUUCACAAACUCGAGCAGUGUACAACUUUCAACUACAGUCUAUCUACAAUCAGGUAUCCAGAUCGAUUAUUUUAUUGCCAUUGCUGUUAUUUCAGAGAGAUCUUAGUGCCUUGGAAGCAGAGAGAAAGUUAAAAACAGCCCGUCAUAAUCACUGAACUGUAUCUUGGCAAUUUUAUUUUCAAGGUCAUAAUAAUAAUAAUAAUAAUAAUAAUAGUAAUUAUUAUUAUUAUUAUUAUUAUUAUUAUUUUAUUUGGUUUACGUAAUGUGUAUUGGAUAGCCACACGAGCUUCAACCAGAUUUGUGUUUUUCUUUCUUUCUUUCUUUCUUUCUUUCUUUCUUUCUUUCUUUCUUUCUUUCUUUCUUUCUUUCUUUCUUCUUCUUUUUUUUUGUACUCUUGUGUAGCUGAAUGUCCAAUGUCAAAAAAGAGGAUUCAGACAUGACAAACGCGUUUGGCAAUAAUUCAAACGAAAAAAUAAAAAAACAGGCUACAAAAACAAUUCCUUCCCAACAACCAUAAUUACUUUGCUAUUUAAAACUCUCACUUUCUUGUUCCCAAACCUUUUAUAACUUCCCCCCAUGUUUCUUAGGCCUCAGGACCAACCUGGAGCUGCCAUGUUAUUAUCCAACCCCCUUUUCCCAAUUUCCUCAUAGAGACUCUUUUUUAUAAAUCUUCAUUUUAACCUGUCGUAAGGAAUGUAAAAAGAAAAAUGAAUAACACACCCUGUGUACUUACCUUGUAAGCAUGUCCUUGUGUAUAAUUGCUAAUGCAAUGCUGUAAAAAAAAAAAAUUGUAGUCUGUGAGGUUUUUUCUUCCUCCUUUAUUUUUUUUCCCUUCUCUUUUGUUUUGUGAGGAUUCGAUGUUGCAAUGUUUUGUAUAUAUAACGUAAAGGAAGAAAAUGUACAUACUUGUGAUCCAAAAUUGUACAAGAAAGUCUAUAUUUUGGCUAAUAAAUGAACUGCGGCAACUUAAACACAACAAAUUCCGAUGUUUUUAAU